GAAGGAUUAAAGCGGCACUAAUAGAGUUUGCGUACAACGUUGACAACAUUGAAACGGGUAGAGAGAAAGGGAGUUAUCAGAAAUACACGGAGGUGCACGCGAUACCUAAACGGACAACCGCGUGCCUGUGUUUGUCAGUGUCAGCAUCCCUCUCCACCUCGUCGGCUUCACAUUUUUAUUCGUCAUGUCGCAGUCUGGGUCUCAGUCACCAGAGGAUGGCUUGAAUGGCUCGUGGGUGGAGCUGGAGGGCCUGGUGGCAGCAGCACAGAGGGAGAGUCUGACAGGACAAGAGGACAGUACCUCCUCGUUCCUGCAGGGGGAGCUGGAGAGGAUUCUGCUGGAGGCACAGCUGGAGAGUGAGAGGAGUAGUCACACUGACAGUCCUCCUCAGGUGGUGACCCCGCGAACCUCCGGCUCCCCCCGCCCGGCCAGCGAGGGAGGCGGCAGCAGCAGUACGGACUGCGUCACCAUACAGUCUGACGACAGCGACAGAAGGAGGAGCGCUGAGUGGGUGUGGGACUGGUCCAGUCGACCCGAGAACCUCCCACCCAAGGAGUUUGUGUUCCAGCACCCCAAGCAGUCGGGCACGCUGAGUGUGAGGAAGAGCGAUGUGAUGAAGAGCGGCAUCUUCUCCUCUGACAUGCUCCUGCUGCUCCUGCCCUCCCUGCUGGCCUCGCACGCUCUCACACUGGGACUUGGGAUCUACAUCGGGAAGCGCUUGGCCUCCUCUUCCACCAGCACGUUGUGAACCCUCCCCUGCGCCCAAACUCACUGCCUAUAGCAUCGUAGCCCAACAUCCACAUCCACGUCAUGUUGCCCCUCUUCUAAACGUUCCAGUAAUUGGGGCAACCCCAAGAGUUCAAGCCUUGCUCUCCCCGCCACUGUCUGUCUUUGCUCGUUGUCGGUGACCCGACCUCAAGCCUGUCAUGUCCGUCACUCAGAGUAGGAAACCCCCUUGUGUAAAUCGCACUGAAUGUAUAAGAUGUACAUGUCCAUGUGUUGUGAUUCAGUAAUGUGUCCCUUCACCCCAAUCUAGAUGAGUUGAUCCUGUAGGGUGACAUGGGGGUGCCUCUGCAUGCUUAGAGCAAAUCAAAGCCAACCAACCACUACAUAAGAGGAAGAGGUGUAGGAGAAAGAGAUGGGGAGAGAGAUUGAUAGAUAGACAGAGAGAAAGAGAGAGAGAGAGAGAGAGAGCAAAACAAAGACAGACAGUGAUAGUGGCAAUUCCUUAGACCCUUUUCCUCCCUAACCUCAAUCUAAAUAUAUAUACGUGUCAGCUUGGGACAGAUGUGGGCCUUUGCCUUUCCUACGGGCGUACACAAAUCCAGAGCCUCCACAAUCACUCUCCAAGACAGGGAGGGAAGAGUGGAGGAAGAGGAGGAGGAGGAGGAAAGUGGGUGGCUGAGUGAAGUGGCAAUUGUGGUGGGAUUGUGGGAUUGCAGCAAGAUUGACAAUAACAGGCAGAGUGAGAGGAAAUAACUGAAGCCUCAUCAUGAUGGGUGGAACAUGAUGGGCUUGUGUCUGUGUCUGAGUGUGUAUGUGUGGUUGUGUAUGUUAGUGUGUGUGUGUGUGAGUUAGUGUGAGAGAGUGGCUGCAGAGGUGUUCUCACCAAUGUCGAUAGUGACCACAUUAAAUCCAUCACUCCUCACA